AUGUCAUCCUAUUACCCAAUCAAAAUCCAAUACUUAACCCCAAGAGAACAGGUUAUAGAUGCCAUCAACCGUUUAUACGCUGGUUUCGAUGACUCCAACAUCGAACUUGCAGCUUCUGCUUUUGUUCAUUCAGAUGAGAUUGUAGUCAAGCUUGGCGGGAAAGUCAUUAAUGGUUGGACAAACUUGAGGGAAGAGUUCAUUAAGAAUGUCAUGCCAGUUUCCACGAUCCAUCAACUUACAAACUUUAGAGUAAUCUUUGAGAGUGCAACUACUGCUAAAUUGACUGCCCAUUGCGUUGCCCACCAUUCAACAAAAGAAAGAGGUUACUAUAGUAGAGGUGGGUUGGCUGAGGUGAGCCUUGUGUUGGACGAAGUUGAUGAUUUAUGGAAAAUUGUUGAGUUGACGAUGAAGGGAAAAUGGGUAUCUUGA